AAACGGCGACGUGGUGAAGGGCGUGUCCUACACAGGCUGCCGUAGAGAAGCGCCUCUGGACUGGCUACAGCGUACAGCUGUUUCCGGCCUCCUGCCUCGGAUUACCAGCUGGUUUUUGGGAGUCCGGAGUCACAAAAUACAAAGUAACAAGACCGGAAAAAUGAAAUACAUAGAGUGACCGGUGUGCUUUUAAGGAGAAGCGAGAAGACUAACAAACUGGGCACGGAUCAGAAACAAAUGCCGGAAGCGAGCGCUGGGAUAGAGUGAGAUGCAUUAAAGGGGCAAAGGAGAAUGCAGCGGGACAAAGGCUGUCGACAAAGAAGUCACGCCACGGGGAAUAUCUGACUUUUUCGCUCAGUGAAGAAUGGUCUGGAGAAAAGAUUCCUGCGUAUGACCUUGGGGCUGCUUUAUCAAAACUUUAUGGAGACCUUUGAACUGUAAAAUAUAAACUGUAAGAGUCAACGCAGUUGCCACUUUGAAGAAUUCAUGUUGUCUUUCAUGUUAUCGAAAAGAAUCGUAUCUCACGAAACGGGAAAGUAAUGAGUUUUGCACGCCUAACCAGAGAAAUCUUAAAGAACAUUCAACAUAUGUUUAACUGACUAAACACAUUGGAUGUGUGUUUUCUAACGUUAUAACUAUUUGUUAAAACAAUGUCAGACAAAAUGGCAUUAUUUGGACAAGCCUGGGGUUUAUUUAAACCCUUAUUUGCCUAUCGCCCUUGGGGUGUCAAAAAUAAAGAUAAAAAUAUGGACAAAGUGCUGGAGCAAAAGGAGGCUGACAAACAAAGUCUGGUGCAUUUGGAAAAAAUGCAGUCACCAAGUGCCACAGUAAUUGAAACAAGAUACUCUUGGAGGUGGUGGUAUAUGCCGGAUUUUGGCAGAUGGAUUUGGAGAAGAUUCCCCAAGAAAGCCCCAGACUCUAGCACUGCACCUUCAGUUGAAGUAGACUCUAAACAUACGGAGUUGUCUGGGACCACAUUCUCUGCAGCUCCAGGACUCCCGGAUUCGACUCCCCUGCCAAAAAGUGCCAGAUGGGAUAACGUUGUUCUUCCAGAGCAUUAUGAGAUCUGUUUUAACUUCCUGCGGCACCUGUUCGACAUGUUUGUGGUUGGAUUCUUAUGUGCUAGCUCACCUGUAGUAAGGGUCAUAUUAGACAUUUUUGGAUUGAAAGGAGCACUCAAACUUUGGCUGCACGGGAUGGUAUUGUUCCUGGUAUCAACAGUUGGCAUGGCUUUCUUACUAUGGGUGGUCCAGACUUAUCUACCCCAGUUUGCUUUAAUUUAUGGUGUGGUGCAGGCUCUGGUUAUUUCGGUCAGCGUCCGAGAGAGCUAUGCUAUGGAAAAGCGCAACAAUUUGCAUGAUACAUUGGAUGAUGUCUUCGAGAAUGAAGGAAGGACUGAAAUCAUUUCAUAUUAUAGUGCAGAUGAAAAAAGUGAAGAGCGCGAGUAUGAACUGAACUUAUCAAAAACAAGGAAAGCUCCAUGUGAACAUCCUGAAAAUAUUCCUAGUGAAAUAUUACCCAACAUGUGAACUUCACUCUGCAGUUAAUUUGCUCACAACAAAAUGUUUCAGUGUCUUGAAAUUUUAUUUUUAUUUAGUGCUGAAGGUUUUUUCUCUUUAAACUAUUUUAUCUCUCACAACCACUUAUCAUAGAAUUUAUGCUACCACUGCAAUGGUUAAUUUCCAAUCAGUUUUUUUUUUUUUUUUUUUUUUUUAAACUAUUUGUUUUAACAGUGAUAUUUUUAUUGUUUAUAUAUAAUAUGAGAGAGGUACUGGUUUUUGCAGAUAACUAUAUAAAACCUAGUGAUUGGCUAUUACAGUAUUAAAUGGAAAUCAUUUUUGUUUUCUGAGAAAUGUUUGUCUUCAUUUUCUGCCAGUAAUAGGACCAAUUCACUCUGUUUAAUUGCACCAUUAACACUCCGUGAAGUUUUCUCUGGUGCUAAAUGUGCGACUUGAGCAUGAGGUACUCUGAAAUACUGAAUGUUUAUGCUACACUUUUAUAAUCAUGUCAUUGACAUACUAAUACGAAGUCAAUGUUCACAUAAAUCUAGUUCAUGCUUCCAUACUGUUACUGACUGCUUUACAGAUUUGGUAAAUACAGCUGAUUUGAAAAAACAUUCAUUCUGUUUCUUUCACUUGAUGAUGAGGAUGAUGAUAAUUCUUCACAUUUAUGUAGCGCUUUUUUCACUAAUCAAAGCGCUCUCCACACAGGGAGGACCCGGGAAGCAAACCCACAGUCUCUUUACUACAACACACCCUGUUUUAAUGCCUUGAUGGUGCCACAUUACUACCAAAAGUGGAGU